AUGGCCGCGAGAGGCAAGCUCUGGGCGAGGUUACUUUCGAGCAAGCCAUGCUGGUCGGCGAACGUGUUGGAGGCCCCGCGGGGUCAGGAGUGUGACUUCCUGGCGCUGCCUGCGAACAUCGUCCAGCACUGGGUGGAGAGCUUUGCCGCUCUCCGUGCCGCCGACAAGCGGGCCCGUGUGGAAGCCAACCUUGACCGAGACGGUCGAGCGUAUGACCAAGCUCGUGCCAGAACGCGGAAGUUGUUGAUUGCCGCAUCAGUGGGCCAAGGCUCUGCGGCGAUGCUCGGUUCAUCCGACCUACGACCUGGUGGCGCCCCCGCUUUUGCCGGGCACGUUUCAGGGCAUGGGUGGCUUUCUGAGUCCAGCAGCCUGAGCUCUGAGAUCGUGAACAUCGAUUUCCACACCUCCGGCUUCGACUGGAUAGAUCUGGAUUGCAUUCUGGCGAAGUGGAAUAUGACCAGGGACCAGUUUGUGGAUGCCUGCAUGCUGGCCGGGACGGAGUACUGCCUGACAUUCCCCUACCUUCAGGUGUCACGCUUCAACUUCGACAUGGCCAUAACAGUGGCAAAGCAAGCGCCGCUGGUCUCCUGGAUGCAGACGUUUCCGACGGAGGAGGUGAAGGCUGACCAUCUCGAGGGCUACUGCGUCUGCAAGCUGCUGAUUCAGCAUUCCCCGGUCUACCACAUGCACGAAAAUGUAGUGCGACCUUCAGGCUCUGGCAACGUACAAGUGCCCAGCGAUUAUUCUAUGGUCCUUGGAGACCCGCUGCCACGCAGCCUGUACUUUUUGAUUUUCAGUGGCAUCCUGUCGGCUAAGCUACCCCAGGCCCUGGCGAAGGGCGAAUGGUUGGACAAGUCGCAGCCCUUGGUGGACACGGUGGAGUAUCGGCAGCUGCUUUCAGACUUGACGGACUAUCGUCAGCGGGCGCUGGGGUUGAUCGCACGCCACCUCCCCCCACACUUCCAAAACAAACGCAUAAUCUGCAAAGCCUUUUGGGAGAAUCUCCAAAAUCGGCGCAGCAGUGAUCCUGGCUGGGCAAGGCGGUAUUUAAAACCCGAGCAGCUGUCGAAUGACUCGAUACGCUGGCACAUCAACUCCAGGAACAUCGCCCGGGAGAUGCACCGGCAAGGCACCAAGAAGGCCGCGCUGCGACUCCGUGGUGGGGCCCAGGAGUGUGGAAAUGGUGGUCCGUUGAUCAAGGACCUCACCAGGCAAAUUCCGGAGCAUGAGAAGGGCGAUGACACCAAGGCAGUGUCGGCCAUUGUUCACUUCAUGCUCCUGGAGCACUUGGGUUUAAUCGCUGAUGACGGUGGCAUGACGGUGCUGGGAGAUGUUUUAAAAGACUCCCCCAGCAACCUCCAGGAGCCUUGCCUAGUGGCUCUGGAAUUAAUGAAGUUUGGCCUCCUCAGUGGGGACCCGUUCGAGGCAGCCGAGCGCCCUUUCCCGGAGCAGGUGGGCUAUCCCAGGCAGUGCGUGGAUAGCGCCACAAAGUCAAUCCUGCUUUUGUCUCGCGCCAUGUCCUUGGUACCGAUGAAGCUAAGGAGCGGCAUGUGGAAUGCGGAUGUGGACUUCGACCUCGCAGCCUUCCACUCCCUCGUGCGUUUAGUUAAGAGAGCCUUGCGGCACUUGGCCGAAGCCUCUCUCGUGUCGGUACUGCUGAAGAACCUACACCGCGUCAACCUGCUUCCCGACGGCGGCUUGACGCAUCAUUGGCUUCGAAGCCCCUGA